CCACCAACACGACGCCUAACGUUCACACAGCUCGACGUCCUACACAACUGCAAUUCCCACGAUGCCAAAGGACAAGCGAAAGCACGCCUCCGGCGCUGGCGACGCCACGCCGUACUCCAAGCCCUCCGCCAAACAAUCCGCCGCGCACUCGAUAUUCAAGAUGGACAAAGACCUCGGUCAGCAUUUGCUCAAAAACCCCGGUGUGGCAGCUGCAAUCGUACAAAAAGCGCAUCUCAAACAAUCCGAUCACGUCCUCGAAGUCGGUCCCGGAACAGGAAACUUGACGGUCCUGAUCCUCAAGGCUGCGAAGGCUGUUACAGCUGUGGAAAUGGAUCCUCGAAUGGCUGCUGAGUUGACAAAGCGUGUACAAGGUACACCGGAGGGAAAGCGACUGAAGGUCAUGCUCGGCGAUGUGAUCAAGACGGAGCUCCCUCGCUUCGACGUCUGCAUAUCCAACACGCCCUACCAGAUUUCGUCGCCCCUCGUCUUCAAGCUGUUGAGCUUGCCACACCCACCCAGAAGCUGCAUUCUCAUGUUUCAGCGUGAAUUCGCCAUGCGUCUGUUCGCCAAACCAGGCGAGAAGCUGUACUCCCGUCUCUCAGUCAACGUGCAGAUGUGGUCCAAGGUCUCGCACAUUAUGAAAGUCGGGCGUAACAACUUCAACCCGCCGCCACUGGUCGAGUCCAACGUUGUGCGCAUCGAGCCGAAGAACCCGCGCCCCCAGAUCGCAUACGAAGAGUGGGACGGCCUCCUGCGCAUCGCAUUCGUACGCAAGAACCGCACGCUGCGCGCCGCCUUCCUCGGCACCACCGCCGUCCUGGAGCUCCUCACGCAGAACUACCGUCUUUUCUGCGCCCAGAACAACAUUGAGAUCGACGACACGCCGCUCGACGCCGACGAGAUGGCCGCAGAACCCGAUACCAUGGACAUCGACGACGACGACUUCAAGGGCUUCUCCGACCCCGACGAGCCGGACGAUGAGCUGCCCGAUUUCUUCAGGCAGCUGCAGUCCGAGUCGCGGAAGAAGCACGAGAAGGGCAUGCACCGCAAGAAGAAGGGGCGUCUCAGCGAGCUGGUGCGCGAGAAGGUGCGCAAGGUCCUCGAGGACGAUACCAAGCUCGCCGACAAGCGACCGAGGUUGUGCGACGAGGGCGACUUUUUGAAAUUGUUGUAUUCGUUCAACCAGGAGGGCAUCCACUUCAGCUAGAUGGCGGUAUCAGAUGAGAAGAGCAUUUGCAUGGCGUUCUUGGGGUGGGCAUGAGUGUUGGCGUCGGGGUAUACCAAAAAGCAUGGCGUUGUAUGUACAAUCUUCAAUUACGAGGAUGGAUCUGGUUUGCACUCUGUCACAGAGCUGCAUAAUACUGUUGCCAC